CACCGGCCGUUGUGCGUAUCAAUUCAACGAAGCUGGCCGUUGCUGUUGAUACCACCUGACGUGCUUUUGUUCAUGUACAGGGAAAUAGUUCGCUGUUCAUAUCCUGGUGACUUAUUUUCUUUUUUCAAGUUCUUUUUUUACGUUUAGCUGCGCGCACCGUUUAAAGCAGAAAUCAGUAAGAUCGUACACGUGUGGGAUUUAAAUGGGGAAGCUUUAUUCCACGUUAACAAAGACGGCGGAAGGAGUAAUUUCAAGAGCUGAUAGAUCCGUGGAUGUGAGACUGUGGAGCGCUUUAUUCAGCCAAGAUGUAGGUGUGCUGUAAGCCCUCGGAGUAACGGCUUAUCUGCUGGGACGACACAGGUUUCUCUGCCCAGGGAAGAAUCAUUCGCAAGAAGAAACGGGCGCCAGGUGACAACUAUCAGUCAAUACUGCGUACAGCUGGGUUUGCGUUACAACCACGUGCAUUCACACAGCAAUAGAAAAGCAUAACGACUUAACACACUUAGGCCCUCUGCACUUUUGACACGGAGACAAAACUACGCUUUGGAAAUUUGUUUCACGAAAUUCGGAACUUCAUUAGAAAUGUGUAUUUUUAUGAUGGCAGGAGGAGGAUAUUUUCAUGGGGAAGAAGUGGGACUUCGAUUGUUUAUUUCGAGGAUUAUUCACUGUGGUGCCUUUGUGGUGCUGGUAAUAUAUGCACGGAGUUAUAUGCCUUCGUUUCAAAGUGUAGAUUCAUAUCUACAGAAAACAUGUCCUGUGGAAGCUGAAAUUGAAACAAGUUGCUCUGGCCUGGCCUCACUGUCAACUUUUUCGCGGAAACAGCAGGCAUGCUUCAUAAGGGUAUCAGGCAGUGUGGGUUAGUAUAGGAGUUUAGCUUUGAUCCUAAUAAUAUGGUCGUUUAACCCAGAUAUCAAGUACUACUCUAGAUUCUAGUUCAACUUGAUCUUCUUAAAAACCGAACCUCUGUUUUCAAUGAAAAGUUGCAUUUGCAUAUUGCAGCGGCGGUCGACAUCUCAUUUUUAAGUUAGUGAAUUACAUGUACACACUGGCAAAGACAGGUGUCGUAGCCUGCAGAAAUUGUCCACUUAUGUCCGUUCCUUCCAUCCAGUGAAGUAGGUCUUUAUUUUUAUGACGUGAACGACACCGGUACUGCGGUAGCUAGAAGCCAUAGAAAUAACUGUAUCUCCUACAGUGUAUCUGUGCACACUGUAUACGAUUCCUACUCACAGUAUUUAUCAUCACGAUGCCUCAAGCAACGGCACUCAACUUCUACCGGAAGCGCCAAACGUUCGAACUUUUGUCCCAGGAAAGGCCACAAAACCUGAGUUCUGUGUACCACGUGGUACGGGAGGUUGUGGCGUCCAUUGAAGAACGUUUGGUCAAUUUGGAGACCUCUUUUUACGGACCUGGCGGGGGACCAGACACGGAAGUCAAACAGUGGAUUGUGCCGCUACAACUGAUUCUGAGGCCCGCUCGAUACUCUGGUCUCAUUUGCAUGCAACAACUUGAUGAAAUCUACGACCGUCAUAUCGACAUCACUGAUAUUCUCACAGUGGAUGAGGAUUCACUUAUACAGAUACAAAACUUGGUCAACAAGUCGCUGAAGAUGUUACGUGAGGGUUUUGACGAGUCAAUACAGUCUGUCCAGAAAUUACUGGAGUACAUGGCUCGCUACUGCGUCAGCUUCAGCCCGCCAGAAGGAGACAGCUAUCUGGAGACAGCCACCAACUACGAGAAACAAAGGAGGGAUUUCGAGAAGGCAAUACGCUUAAACACAGAGAACAUCACUCUGAUGGCUGACAAAUUCGAGAACGAAUCGCUCAAAGUGCACCAGUUUGAUUUCACCAUGAAGGAGAUGGCGGAAAAAAUGCGGAUAGACCAAAGUCCCAUUGCUAUUGUGUUCCCAGCUGCCUGCCACAAUUUGAGAAAUGCCUGCCAAGGUCUCCUAAUGUGGGUGAACGCAGACUGUGCUUACGCUGAGUACUUGAGAUAUGACAUUCAAGAGUUGGAAAGGAAGAAAGAAGCACAGGCUAAAGUUUACAGAGAUGCCCAACUGAAGGCCAACAAUGGAGAAUUUACAGUCAAAUCUCUCAGGAAGUACAUCGGAGAGUGCAAUGACCAGCUGAAACGUCUUAAGCCAAGGGAACAGAACCUUAAGGCUGAGGGAAGACGACUGCGAGCAGAAAACAAGGAUGUGCUUGUUGAUCUGGACAUCAAAGAAUACAGAAAAAUGGAAAUGAGACUGACAGGCAGCAUUACUGACAGAGAAGGCCAGGAGCGCUAUGAACGUUUACACAGCGAAAUCCUGGAUCUCCAAUCUCGAAAACCUGCCAUAGAACGACGCAUUACAGACCUUGAACGCCAACAGACAUGGAUCAGCGGGAGGCAGAUGCACAGGCACAGUAAAGAAGAGGAACUUGAACAGGCUAGCCUUGAUCUGAGAAACUGCAGACGCAAAGCCAGGAAGUCAGAAGUGGAGUUGGAACGCAUCCAGGGCUGUCUGGCAAAACUAAAGGAAAUCCAUCUGCUGAAAACGAGUCAAGAAACGCUCAAGAAGAUCUUCCACAACAUGCCUAUCAAUUCUAGAUAUGCCCAACCUCUGAAAAAGAAAAAAGAUAACCUUGAAAAAUUCUGUAAAUUCGUGGCGUCUGAGAUUGAAGGGGAUUGGAUACGUCUGUACAGGGCCUUACCUUUCUAUCCAGCGAGAGGAAUGGAGACAGUGUCUGCAGAUAUCGAUGACAUCAUCACUCGGUUUUUGCGGAAUUCGGAAGAGCAAGCACACCAAGGACUCUCUCGUUGGCGGCGCAUGCACACUCGUGCCGGGGUGAACGACCUUCGGCAAGCACUGCACACAAUCAAAAGAAAAGACAUUGUCGAAAAAUACGACAAAAUGCUCACACCCAGAAGCAAAAUGUUGGUCUCACCCAAAGCACACCGUAUGGUUCAUUUCCCCAAAAUUUCACCUCGCUCAAAGAAGAAACACAAAAACCAUUACCUCUCUUUUUGACACCAUUACAGCAUUGUGUUUAUGAUAUUGCUCUGCCGUGCCAAAUCCUUUGUUUUUGUUACAACAUACAAUCCAUUAAAAACGUUUUUAUCGGUCAUGCUAAAA